UCCCUGAUCCAGAAGUGGAAGAAGACUGGGUGUAUGCUGCAGAUGGACGGGUGGUCCGACCGCCGAAACAAGCCCCAUCUAAAUGUCAUGGUGUCCUCGCCUGUCGGAACGGUCUUCUGGAAGUCUGUGUGCAUGGAGGGGAAGGACAAGGACGCCGAAGCUUACUUUCAUGUCUUGGAUGGGGUCAUCAAUGAGAUCGGAUCGGAUACAGUCGCCAGCGUCGUCAUGGACAAUGCAAGGGUGUGCAUCAAGGCAGGGAAGAUGGUGGAGGCCGGCUAUCCUAACAUCUUUCGCGUCGGAUGUACUGCGCAUGCACUCGACCUUGCGCUGGAGGACAUGUACAAGGAUAUGGCUUGGAUGGCGGAGGUGGUUGAUGCUGGGAACAGGGUCGGCAAGUUCUUCACGAAUGUGGACAAGGCGAGGGCUAUGUUCAACAACUACUCACCGAAAACGAAGUUGAAGCCCCCGGCGGCAGCCAGAUUUGCCACCAACUUCGAGAUGCUUGGGUCUUUGAAGGACCUCAAGAACGCACUGGACCGAUGUAUCUGCGAUGCGGGAUGGGUGGACAAGAUGGUACGAGCAGACCAGUUGGUGGCAUUCCACGAGGUGACGGCUAUCAUUCUCGACAAGGGCGAGUUCUGGAGCAACCUCAACAAGGCGCUCGAUGUGAUGGAGCCUGUGGUGGAGCUGCUUCGGCUGGUGGAUGGUCAAGGACCGACCAUUUCGAAGGUGUACUUCAAAAUGGAUCUGGUUGUUCAGCACAUGCGUGCCCUCGAUUGCCUUUCAAGUGAGGAGCACGAGGCAGUGGAGCGCAUCCUCAUGGACCGCUGGUCAUUCAUGACCAGCGAGCUGCAUUGUGCUGCAGCCUUCCUGGAUCCUGAGCACCGAAUGCACAAUGCGCAACGCGAUCUGGAGGUCCGUGCAGGGUUCAACAUCUGGUUGUACUCCUGGAUGACACGAGAUAAGCUGAAGGAAGUGAGCUUCCAGGUUGACCAGUGGGUGAAUGGUUUGGAAGGGUUCUCCACGGAGCAAGCGCGACACCAGGCCAGCCAACAGCCACCAGCUUUGUGGUGGGAGGCAUUCGGCUCCAAACACGACCUCCUCGCACCGCAGGCCAUCACAUUGCUUGGCCAGGCAAGCUCUUCAGCUGCUUGCGAACGGAACUGGAGCUUGCAUGAGCUCAUCUACGGUAGGAUGCGCACGAAGCUCAUGCCGGAGAGGAUGGCCAAACUUGUGUACAAUAGCUGGAAUGUCCGCCUUCUGAGGAGUAACCAGCGCGGCGGGGGGGAUGAUAUCCACAUCCCAUGGGUGGAUGACGUCCCGGUGGAAAAGGAGAUGGAGGAGUGGUACGCAGAUUGGUUGAAGCGUGUCCAUGGAGACGUGGACGAGGAAGAGGUCGCCGUGGUGGAUUGAUGAUGAGGAAGGCGAGUUUCCACUGCAGUGCACCUUCCAAUGCAACAAUGAGGUUGACGAGAGGCUGUGUGACGAGGACUCUGCUCUCGUCGGUACGCGGCAGCGUGAUUGGCACGAGUGCAUGAAGCCAGGGAAAUAUCGCGAGCGAGAGUUGCGUAGGAGAUCAGGCAGCGAGCUGCCCGUGCCUCUGGAGUUGUACACGGAGGAGGGCUACGCUCUUGCGAUGGCAGCUCGACAAGCGGGCACAUGAGUGGAGGGCUGGGCGGAGGGACCACGAAGUAGGCGCAAAAACAAGGGCAAAGAGAAGGAUGAUGGCAACGCACCCGUGCAGCGAGGCAAAAUGAAGGCUCUUGAGCUAG